AUGAAACUUGAUAGUAUAUUAAUAAUUUUAAUCGUCAAUGCGAUAUUUUGGAGUUUAAUUAAUUCUGUUAAAAAUAAUAAAGAGAAAAAUGAGUUAAGUAGAGUUGGGGAAACCUCAAAGGAUAACGACGAAGCUGAAUCAUCGGUUAAUGCUCAAAUUCGAAUGUUAAACCCAAAAGCUAAAAUUACAAAAAAGGGCACAACUAAAGAUAAUAAAGAAGAAAAAAAGUUGAAUCAAAGGAAAUAUAUGAGAAUGUGGCGUCAAAAUAAUAAGGAAAAGACGAUAGAAUAUUUCCGAGAAUACCGCUCAAACAAUAAAGAAAAAAUACUAGAAUAUUUUCGAGAAUAUCGUGAAAAUAAUAAAGAAAAACUGACAGAAUCUGGUCGAAACUACUACAGAAAUAAUAAAGGAAAAAAGCGAGAAUGGAAUCGAAAAUACCGAGAAAAUAAUAAGGAAAAAUUGAAAGAAUACCAUCAAAAUAACAAAGAAAAGAAGCGAGAAGCUAAUCGAAAAUACCGAAAAAAUAAUAAGGAAAAAUUGAAAGAAUAUCAUCAAAAUAACAAAGAAAAGAAGCGAGAAGCUAAUCGAAAAUACCGAGAAAAAAGGAAAAAUAAAAAAGCAAAUUUACAAAAUGUUGAUCCAAUAGUAGGAAAUGUUCAUUCCGAUAAUGGAGGAGGAAAUGAUUCUCAAGAAGAAAAUCUUUCUGAUCAAGGGGAGGAAGAAGGUGACAAAGACGAAACAGAAACUUAUAUGGAUGAGCAAAAUCAGACUGUGGAUGAAGACAAAGACGAAGCUUAUAUGGAUGAGCAAAACCAAACUGUGAUAGAAGAGCCAAAUAAAAUUCCCGAGAAUUGCAUGAAUCAGAUAGAUUUGAAUGAGAAAUAUUAUCCUUUUGAUUUGAACGAGAAACCUGAGAACGAAGUUGAAGAUAGUUGUUAAGAAAGAGAUAUAUUUGAAAAAACCCGAUUAAAAAAAAAUUUUCAAAG